CUUCAUAUACUACAAACUCCAUUCCUCCCCACUAUAUCAAGAUUUUUCCUUUUCUUAGCCUCAUAUUCCUCAGUUCUUUUGUUUUAGCUACCUUAUUUACGUUUUAAACAUAUUCUAAAAAGAUCUCUAAGUUUUGUUAAGAUGGUUAUUCGCAAAUUCUUUGGUGUAAUUUUAGUAAUAGAGUUGAUAGUGAAUGUUUUUAGAGUAGCAGAUGGUUUGAGCAUGCAAUAUUAUUUGAUUAGUUGCCCAUUUGCUGAACAAAUUGUGAGGAAUACAGUUACCAGAGCCUUGCAAGCCGAUCCUACACUAGCUGCCGGCCUUGUUAGAAUGCAUUUCCAUGAUUGUUUCAUAGAGGGAUGUGAUGGGUCGGUUCUCAUUGAUUCAACAAAGCAAAACACAGCAGAAAAAGACUCCCCUGCAAAUUUGAGCUUGCGAGGAUAUGAAGUUAUUGAUAAAGCAAAAGAGGAGCUUGAAAAACAGUGCCCGGGAGUAGUCUCAUGUGCUGAUAUACUAGCAAUGGCUGCUAGAGAUGCAGUAUUCUGGGCCGGGGGUCCAGUUUAUGACAUACCUAAGGGAAGAAAGGAUGGUAAGAGGUCUAAAAUAGAAGACACAAUCAACCUUCCUGCACCCUUCUUCAACGCCUCUCAGCUGAUUAACAUGUUUGGGCAGCAUGGUUUUAGUGCCCAAGAAAUGGUGGCCCUUUCGGGGGCACAUACACUAGGAGUGGCAAGGUGCUCAUCAUUUAAGAGCCGAUUGAGUAGCGUGGAUCCAAAUUUAGAUUCAGAUUUUGCAAAGACAUUGUCCAAAACAUGCAGUGCUGGUGAUAAUGCAGAGCAACCCUUUGAUGCCACAAGAAAUAAUUUCGAUAACCUUUACUUUAAUGCAUUGCAAGGAAAAAACGGAGUGCUUACUUCAGAUCAAACAUUGUAUGCAUCCCCACAAACUAACAGAAUUGUGAACGGUUAUGCAUUCAACCAAGCCAUGUUCUUCUUUGAUUUCCAACGGGCAAUGCUGAAAAUGAGUUUGCUUGAUGUUAAAGAACGUUCAAAAGGCGAAGUACGACAAAAUUGUCAUAAAAUUAAUUGAUAAUAAAGUUUCUAUUAAGUAAAUUAAGCCUUUGUCUUUAGGGUGUAAUUGCAAAAUUAUGUUAGCAAAUUAAUAAAAUGGUCCGUACCUUAGUGUGCUUUGCGUUCC